GCCGCGCGAUACGUUUCGCGAAUACUUUAUAUACUAAUAUAUAUUAUUACAUAUAUAUUCUUGAAAAAUUAUGAUAUAAAUUAUUAUUAUUAUUAUGAAUUAAUUAAUAUGAAAAAUAAUAAUUAAUCGUGUUUAAAUAAAUAAAAUGGUUAAAAAAAAUCCACUCGGUAUUUUGAGGAUUAAUUUAUUAUUAUUGUUUAUUAUACUAGUUUUUUCUAUCACGUGUGGUUUUACUCAGCAGCCCAAGUACCGAGAUCGCGAGAGCAUUUCUAGUCAAAAGUUUAAGCGCCUCGAAGAUUUCGAUGAACCGACUUGGAAAUUAAUUCUAUCAGAUGAAAAAAAACUAAAAUUAAAAAAUGACACAAAUAAAUAUAUAGAUUUGGUAAUAAAAAACUAUACAGUAGCGCCAAAAAUAAAAACAACAAAUGAUACAAUUAAAUUAAUGUCAAGUGCAGCGCGCGGUAACAUUAAAAGAAAAUCUAAAACGAGAAGUCACAAAAAGUCACGGGGAAAAAUACGUCGUCUGAAAAAAGGCAGGAAGAAAAUGAAAGAUGAAUUGAAAGGGGAAAAUUACCAGGAGAUUUUCAAAUCCGUCGAUAUUAAAAAUUACGAGGAUGAAAAUUUCGAGCAGCAGCUGCUCAAGGAUUUGCACGAGCAAGUUAUUAAAUCCAGGGGUUCAAUCAUUUCUAAUCAGAGUCAACUAAACAAUAAUUAUAAUAAUAAUAAUAAUAAUAAUAAUUUAAUUAAAAAAAAAAAAUUGUUUGAAUAUAUGGAUAAUUUAAAUGAAGGCGACUUAUCAUGUAUGCAAGGUGAUUUUAUUCCAGCGCCACUUGUUCCUCAUGCUUUAAUAAAAUAUGUUAAGUCAUCGAAACCACACCAGGAAUAUCUCGAGGCAAAUUAUGAGUGUAUUGAAGGUUUUGUAUUGUCGUCAAAUACAACGCGACUGUUGUGCAAAAAUCGAGAAUGGGUUGGAGCCGCAGUGCCUUCAUGUACACCCAAGAAUAAUAACUACCAUGAAAUAUGUUCUCGUUCAUCUUGCGAUCAGAUUUGCAAGCAAGUUAACAAUAAACCGACUUGUUUUUGUUACGAGGGCUUUUAUCUCGAGGACAAUAAGUGCAUUGACAUCAAUGAAUGCAGCGACACGAAUGGUGGCUGUCAGUAUAAAUGUGUAAACACGCCGGGCAGCUAUCGAUGCGAGUGUCCAAAGGGGAUGAAAUAUGCACAAGACAAGUCUAGAUGCGAAGAUGUGAAUGAAUGCUUGGAGAAUAAUGGACGAGGGCCGUGUCAAGAUAUCUGUCAAAACUUGGAGCCUGGAUAUUUGUGUGGGUGUGAUGGGUUACCGGGUACGAGCCUUUCAGCUGACAAUCAUACAUGUCUAAACACAAGUCCUUGUGCUAUAAACAAUGCAGGAUGCUCUCACACUUGUCUUUCAACAGUUGGACGUGUUUUUUGUCUCUGUCCGGAUGGAUUUAUGUUGCAAGAUGACUGGAAAACUUGCCAAGAUAUUGACGAGUGCGCUGUCCCAGAUUUGCAGAAUGAAGUUUGCAAGUUCGGGUGUGUUAACACCCCGGGUUCUUACCAUUGUGUUGAGCAGGGUCUGGUUAAUGAUCAGCCUGACGAUAAAAUUGAUUCAUGUCCUAAAGGAUAUCACCCGUCGACAAGAUCAACUUGUGUUGAUGUAAACGAGUGCGAGGAUAACAACGGAGGGUGCAGCGAGGUGUGUGAAAACACAAAUGGUAGUUAUUUUUGCGCCUGCAACGGUGAUGAAAGGAUUUUAUCGCCUGAUGGAAAAUCUUGCACGGAUAUAAAUGAAGUUUCAUGUUCGUCUUUGGAUGUACCAAAAAGGGGCACAUUAAUCUGCUCGCGUCAGUCAUCCCGUAGUGUGUGGUCAGCAAACAAAGCACUUAAUAAUCUUCCCGGUACUAAAUGCUCCUUGAGAUGUCCACCAGGGUAUUAUAUCCUCGGAGAAUACGAGCUCACGUGUCGUGAAAAUGGAAACUGGGACGGCAUUAAAACCGGCCAGUGCACAAGAUGUCCGACGGACAUAAGAAUAAUAGAAGAGGAAAUUUUCCUAAAAAUAAACAAACCAACGACAAGUAUUGUAUUGACUCAACAAUUAAAGCCAUUGGAGCAGCGGCGUAUGCGUUUGUCGGUAAAUUUGGACCGCGGACUCCACAAGAUUAUUUUCUUCAAAAAUCCGUCAUCUCCAUCUUCAAGUUCAACGUCAAUUAAUAAGCAAUUAAACUGCACAAUCCACACUAAUAUCAAAGACGGCGAGUCUCCAAAAAUUUACAAUUGUCCAAAUAAUAAUAAUAGUCCACUAAUUAAAUGGAGUAAAGAAGUAUUUGCUGAUAGUAUUGAAAUCACUUAUAUUAAUAAUGAGAGUCUUGAUGAAAGGUCCUUUGAUGUCGACUGGAAUACCACUUACAAGCCAAUUGACGAGGAUACUUGGUCAUCUAAUUGCACCUUUACUGUUAUUAUUAACGAAGAUUAAAUUAUUUCUUUUUUUUUUUUUUUAAUGGUAAGGAAAUUUAAUUAAUAGUGAGGUAAAUGGCUCGCUUACUUACCUUUUAAGAUAAUAAAUGUGUUAGUCUAAUAAGUAUGGUGGUAACUUGGUUACGAUAAUUGAGGGUUGAAAUUUUUUUUUUUUAUAGUCCAGUGAUUUUGACCCAGAGGAUUAGUAGGAUCAGUUUCAAAAUUUUUUAAUGGGAGUUUAGGUCAGCAGACAUUUAAUAUUCAUGCGAAGCCAAAUUUCGAAUUGUUAGAAAAAUUUUUAUUUUUAUAUUUGUAGUUAAAUUUAAAUUUCCGAGAUUGUAAAGUAGAAGUAUCAAAAAAAUUUUUUUUUAUUUUCUGGAAUCUCGAAUACGUGAAAAAUAAUUGUGAUAAAUUACAAUUACAAAAAAUUGAAUUUUACUUUCAAUAUAUAUUCAUAUCUAUGAAGGCGGUCUUAAAAAACUGACAAUUUUUUUUUCUCAUUUAAAAAUUUUUCGAUUUUUGGGAUUUGGAGAUUUUCAAAAAAUUGUUACAACUGAAAAGUUUUCAUUGUCGAAAGAAAAAUUUGAAAAUUUUUCACGAUACUUUGAAUACUUGCUAUCAACUUUUUCAUAUAAAUAUUUAAUUAUUUGCCAAAUAUUGAAAUGUAACUUUUUCAGUUUGAAAAAAUAAUUUUCAAUUUUAAACAAUAGUAAAAUAAUUUUCAGCGGUGAAAUUUCACCAUAACCAUUAAUUUUUAAUGCAGAGAUUUUUUGCAACAAAAAAAUUUGACAAAGAAAAUUAAAAUUUUUGAAUAUUUAAAAAUAAUAAAUUGUAAGGCAGAAUAUUGCUUACCUAAACACGUGAUAUAGACGUAACACUCUGUCCUGUCGAGCGAGAAAUUAAUCACGAAUUAAUCUGCGGUAUCAGCGAUCACAGAACGCAAUUAGCAACAGGUGUAAUUGAUUAAAUUCAAGCUCGACAUCCGAUAGAUUGUAGUAAAAUAUAAGUAAAAUUGACACAAGAGAAGAAAAAUGAAUGAAUGAAUGAAUGAGCAAACGAACGAACGAUAAAUAAAAAAUAAUUGUCAUGUUCCGUCUCGUUCUUUUCGCUCUUCAAUUUACCAUCGACUUUUAUAUUUUUAAUUGCUGCAGUAAUUAUUUUAUUGCUCGCUAAUUAUUUUAUCUCAUGUCGCUCGAGAUGGAAGAUUGCAGCCGAGGAAAUCUGAAGAAAUAUAUUAAAUUUUUUAUUUUUAAUUAAAAAAUAAAAACGAAGCGAAUGAGUUAGAAUACUCGGUACUUAGUCUUCAAUGUACUAGACAGCCUGAAUGAGCUAAUUGGUAAUUAGCGAAGCUAUUUCGUUAAUUAGGAAACUCUGACAGUAUUAACGUCAUUCGAUUGACUGAUUCUCAGCAUCAAUUAUUAACCGACGUCCAAAUGGAAAUUUCGAGUAUCGAAUCCCGAAUUCCGUUUCAUUUUUUUUAUUUUUAUUCAUUGUAAUUAACUGUCAUUUAUUUAUU